UUAUUACUUUUAAAUAGAACUUAAAAAUUUAAUAACUUAAAAAACUUUAAUUAAAAAUUAAAACUUUUUUAACAAUUAAUUAUUGAAUACUGUUUUCUUUACAUAGACGAAAUUAUCAUUAAAAUAUUUUGUUCUGAAAUAGUAGAAUUGUGUUGCUAAGUUAUUAAACGAUUUUGCUGGUUUUCUAAUAAUAUUUACUGUUAUAUAGGAAAGUGAUAAUUUUACAUUAGUCUAUCACAUAAAAUUACCUUUUUACUUAAGUAAUAUCAAGGUAAAUAUAUAACUCAAAAUGGAACAACCGUGUUCUGAUAAAGGUAAUCCUUUAAUAAUAUAUAGUUACCUGGUGAAGAUGAAGUAAUUGAACUACAGCCAUGUAAAAUUUGUUUUCGUACAUUCCGUCCAGAAUUAUUGUCACGUCAUACUGUGAUAUGUGAAAAAAAUUCUAAAAAGCAAAAAAAACCAUUUGACUCUUCAAAGCAACGCAGAGAAGGUACUACUAUGGCUUCUUAUUUACCACCUGUAAAUAAAAGCUAUGAGCAAAAUGAAUCACAGCAAAAAAUAAAAACUAAUUGGAGACCAAAACACAAACAAUCAAUGAGUGCUGUAAAAUCUAUUAAAGAUCAAAAAGAUGGUGCUAAAGUAUUCACUAUUGGUGUAGAUAAUCAAAUGUGCCCUUAUUGUUCUCGGAACUUUGGACCAAGGUCUUAUGACAGACAUGUUAAGUUUUGUGAAGAAAAAUCACAAAGAAUAUCCACUGCUCCUAUUACUAGUAAGACUGCUAAAGAAAGACUAGAAGCAAGAAUAAAAUAUCGUGCACCAUCAUUAAAAUCACAUCGCACUGCUACAAAAGAAAAGUACUCUCCAAAAACGAAAAAGCUUUCUUCAGAUAUUGAGAAUAUCCAUGUUAAAGUAAUACAGCCUUCUAAAAUUGGUAAAUUCUCAGACUUUCAUCCUAUUACUAAAACUAACUCAAACAUGUCAAAUCCAAGUCUAUUGAUUGAAGAAAAAAAAAACAAAAAUUUUAAAAUCUUACAAAAAAAACCAAGUAUUAAUGGUAAAAUUUUUAAUGAAAAUUCUGAAUUGUCAAAAAAUUUAGACUCACAUACUUAUGAGGAUACGAACAGUUCAAUUGAUAGUUUCAAAAUGUUGUCCAAAUCUGAACCUUGUUUGGAUAAUUAUGAUCCUUAUGAAACAGCUGAACAGCAAAUGAGAGAGCUUGAACUUGAUGUAGUUGAUAUAGGUCUUAAAAAUCCUUUGAUUAUUAAAUCAAAUGAUAAUUUAGAAAAUCUACAAAUAUCUCCUUCUUCGGCAUUUGUCAAAUACUCGCCUGUUAAUUUAUUAGCAUCACCAAAAUCUAAUGAAAGCAUAAUUUUUGAUCAGUACAAUUCCAACACAAACCUUAAUCGCCAUCCUUUACAUAGCCUUAGUAAUUUAAGUUUAUGCUCAAUAGUAAGCCUCGAAUCAGCUGAUUUUAAUAAUAAAUCUCAUAGUGCUAUUGAAAAAAGUUCAGACAAUCUAAAUAGCCUUUUUAAAAGAAAUCUUUCUAAUAACCCUAAAAAUAACAUAGGCAUUGAAAAUAUGUUAUAUGGUGACAUAAGUAAUUGUAAACAACCAGCUGAAUUAAAAUUUGAUAUAGCAGAACAAGAGCUUUUAAAAUCUGUAUCAGAAUUUGAAAACUUACUUAAACUAACUGAUGAUGAUGAUAUAAUAUCGCCAUCAAUAAAUAGAAUCUCUGCUCUAAGUAUAGUCAAUGGGUCAAAUUCUAACAGUAGCGCAGACUCAGCAUAUGGGAGUUUAAAUAGGAAACCUGAUGAUCAUAAGAUAUCUGAAAAUAAUUCAGUGUUGCCUAAAUUAUCAAAAUUCUGUCAUGAAUGUGGCUUCAAAUAUCCAAUUGUAGUAGCUAAAUAUUGUUCAGAAUGUGGUGUACGACGUAUUGUUUUAUAAAGUAAUAGCUUCUAAUUUUAAAAAACAGAGUGUAAUUUCACAAAAAAUAAGUGUGAAUACCUAAUUAAAAAAGGUACACCACAAUAGUUUAUAACUCAAUCAUAAUGUACUUUUUUUAUCUAUUAUAUUCUGUAAAUUUACUAACAUGAUAAAUGUUUUUAUUAAACAUUUAAAUAAAAAAAAUCAUGUUAUCAUUUGACUUAGGGAUUUUUGAAGAACCUAAGUAAUAGAUUUACUGAAUGGCACCUAUAUUUUUCAUGGUGAAAGACGGAACACUUUCUAUUAGCUGCAAUAUUAUACACCUGUUAUUAUAUAUUUUGUAAUUCUGUUUCUUUCCAAACAUGUUUAUCAUAAAUAAUUUUACUAAAAUAACAAGUUAUUUAUUUAUUUAAUUUACCUUAUAAGACUGAUUUUUAACACAAAUUAUAGUAAUAUGGUAUUAGUACUAUGCCUUCUCAAAAAUAUUUUUAAAAAUCAAAUUUUUGAUAAAUUGUUGUAAUGAGCGAUCUAAAUUUAAUUUUUAUACUUUGUAACAUACUAUUUUAAUGCACACUUUAGUUUUUAUAUAUUUGAUAUAUUUUUAAUUUUUAAAAUAUCAUAAUAAACUAGUGUCUUAAUUAUUAAAUAUCUAAAAGACCUUUAUUGAUAGUUUGAUGAAGAUUAUGUAAAGGCGAUAAGUCAUAAAUAGUUACUUUCCAGGAAAUCAAAAAAACUAUAUAAUUUAUUAAAACAUAUGUUAUAUCUUAUUUCAUAUAUUAAUUACUUGAUAACCAUUGGUUACAUUGACAUGAUUUGUUAUCAAUGUUUCUGGUGUGAAAUAUCCUAAACAAUUAAUAUAUAAACUGAAAAUUGACUUAUUCCUUUUUAAAACUUUUCUGUGUACCAAAUUAUAUUACUUUUAAAUGGGCAAACUUGAGGCAUUUAAAUAUCUAUUAUUUUUUAAGCCUUUUAAAUUUACUAAUAUUGUUAAAGAAUACAGAUUAUUUGUUAAGUCACAAAAUCUAUAAAAUAUUUUAUUCCAUUAUUUGUUAUUAUGUUAUAUUUUAAUAUUUAUUUUUCAUUUUAAUUACAAUAAGUGUUAUUGGUUUGAAAAUUUUAACUUAAUUUUAAUUUUUGCUAUUAAUUAAUACAUGAUGUCUGACAACUACAUUUAUUAAAAAUUAUAUCAUGAAUACAAAUAACUUUAUGCAUCCUCCAAUCUAACAUAGUUAAUUUUUAACAAUUUUUAUAUUUCUUACAAUUUAUAUGUAUGUUUGAAAAAAAUAACCUAGUCAAUUUUUAAAGUAUAUUGUUUUUAACAAAAUUUGUAGAUUAAAAGACUAAAAUUUGAAUUUUUUAUUUUGUGUUGUUAUUGUGU